AUGAGACUCAAGCGAAUCCUUCGUGAAAACGGAAUCUCUUGGUCGCCACUGGCGCAGACUCAUCUGAAUCAAAACGAUCCCACACGGCGCAAGACCCGAUCUUCCAUCGCCGCUGCUGGUCCUAGUGAAUCAACUUCGCCAUUCUUGCCUACCGAAGUCCUCUUGCGGAUUCUCAAGUUUGCCAUGAAGAGCAAAUAUCCAAUCAUUGACCCCCUCAGCACUGUCACGGCUGAAAAUCUUACGGAUGAAGAGAAGAAGAGAGGUAACCAGAUUGCCAUCCACUUCCUGGCCACCUGCAAAGCAAUGCAUGCCGAAGGCACUCGGUUCCUUUGGGAGUCUAAUCACUUCAUCUUCACCACCCCACAGGCUCUGCGAAACUUUAGCGAGCUCAGUUUCCACUAUCGGCACAAGAUUCUGCAUAUCAAUAUGCGAGUCAUUGCCCGUUAUUACGAUGACCAGCGUCGCAGGCACAAGCUCGAAAAGUACUAUCACCCAGACUUGAAGAAGGAUCAGCCUCUCAAGAUCCACAUGCGCCCAAAAGAGUCGCCUCUUGUCCGCGGUGGCUUUCGCUGCUACACCUGGAAUCAGGUCAUCGAUUUCCUCUUGGCUCUUCGUGCGCCGUUUGACCCGACUUACAAGGACAAGAAAAACCCAAGACCAAGACUGCUCCCAUCCCUGUCUUCUCUGCGGCUUGACUUGGUCAAUUUUUCAGAUUCUCUGCUGCCAUUUUCCGGAUCCGAGCUUCACGAAGUGGCAUCUCACGAGUUGGGAUGUACCUUGAAUGAACUGCAAGUGACCGGAAUGCCAUUUGACGAUGUUGGUAUGAAGGCCUCUGCCGAGCUCAGCGGUCUGGUGAAGGACGAAGGCCUCUAUCUGGAUGCAUCUGCCGCCUUUAUUGCCCACCCCAGAGGUCUGCAGAGCCUCUCGGGAGAUAACUGGUGUGCUCGAGUGAUUAGGGCAUACAAGGACCUCAAGGAGGAAAUGGAGGAAGAAAGCCUUGGGCUGAGUGGGGAAGACGACGAUGAGAACGAACAAUUCCAUCUGCAUUCGUUUGAGGGUUAUCACAAGAUAGGCACACUGCCCGCCGCUCCCUCCGAGGAAGGCCACCCCCCAUCAACUCGCGACGAGAAGAGAGUCAUCUGGAAGAAGGUCCCCGUCACCCGCGAAUCCGACAAGCGCAUGUGGAUCCAAUUCUCUCGAACUAACGGAUAUGAGAUUGAAGAUUCGGUCUGGGAUAGUGACGAAGAUAGGAUCUGUCCGUGCUGCGGCGAAUCCCACCCCGGCUCGUCCAUAUUGGGGUUCAUGAGCGACGACUACGAGUAA